CAGUGUGAAAAGCAUCAGUUCGGUUCCAUCUCUCACAAAAUGAGAGUUACAACCUUUGUGAUCUUCUGCUGUGCUCUGCAGUAUGUUACUGCAGAUGCUAUCGACGAUGCAUUGCAAAAUGCAAUGAGGCAAGGAAGGCUUGAAAGGAAGAAAGUUAACGAAACUGAUGAAAUUGACGUUGAUCAAAAAGGAGAUUUAUACGAAAAAUCAACAACAACGAAAGAAUACGAAGCUUACGGUGAUUUCGACGAAGAUGUUACAGGCGAUGAUGUGAAGGUUAAAACAUUGGUUAUAAGAACUGAUGCAAAAGGACAUGAAUCGAUAUGGGAGAAAGAUGUGCUUAUAAAGAAAAAGGGUCACACAGGAAGCUCAGCAGAAAGUGUGAGCUUAAGCGAAGGCAGUUCUCAAAUACUAGGUCAAACAGUUGGAUUCUCACCAUAUGGCAACCAAGUCCCCAGAGUAAUUGUUAAUGACAACGGAUCAGGAUCAUCGUCGGCUGCCGCUGCAGCUUCGUCCGCAGCGUCAAGUGGAAAUGGCGGUCAAGGUGGUGUCUCUGGGCUAGGCGCAGGAGGAAUCAACGGACUAUAUGGCCUGAAUGGACUUCUCGGAUCACAAAGUCAAGGAGUCACUAUCGUAAACGAAAGAGGUUCAGGAUCUGGAUCAUCGUCUGCUGCCGCUGCAUCGUCUGCCGCAUCAAGCGGAAAUGGUGGGCUUGGUAGUGCCUAUGGGCUUGGCGCAGGAGGACUCAACGGACUGAAUGGCUUGAAUGGAAUUCUCGGAUCACAAGGUCAAGGUGUCACUAUCGUUAACGAACGAGGUUCAGGAUCAUCGUCUGCUGCUGCUGCAGCUUCGUCUGCCUCGUCAGGCGGAAAUGGUGGCUUGAAUGGACUUCUCGGAUCACAAGGCCAAGGAGUCACUAUCGUAAACGAAGAAGAUUCAGGAUCAUCAUCUGCUGCCGCUGCAUCGUCCGCUGCAUCAAGCGGCAAUGGUGGGCUAGGCAGUGCCUAUGGGCUUGGCGUAGGAGGGCUCAACCUACUGAAUGGAAUUCUCGGAUCGCAAGGUCAAGGCGUCACCAUCAUCAACGAAGAUGGUUCUAAUUCGGGUUCAAGUUCGAGUGCCAGUUCAGCUAGUGCAUCUUCUGCUUCUGGACAAAAUAGUGGUAUAUUAGGUCAAGGAUAUAAUGCAAACGCACUCGCCGCCGAGUUGGCCGCUGAAGAAGUAGGUCUAUUAGGCGGGUACUCACCAUACGGCAACCAAUCCCCCAGAGUAAUUGUUAAUGAUAACGGAUCAGGAUCAUCGUCUGCUGCCGCUGCAGCUUCGUCCGCAGCGUCAAGUGGAAAUGGCGGUCAAGGUGGUGUUUCUGGCCUUGGUGCAGGAGGAAUUAACGGACUUUAUGGCCUGAAUGGACUUCUCGGAUCACAAGGUCAAGGAGCUGCAGCAUCAGCCGCCGCUGCCGCUGCCGCUGGUCGUGGUUCUGGAGGAUAUGGAUUAAAUGGCAAUGUAGGACAAGGUGUCAUCAACAAUAAUGAAGGAAGUUCAGGUUCAGGAUCAUCGUCUGCUGCAGCUUCUUCUUCGGCCGCAUCAAGCGGAAAUGGUGGGCUAGGUAGUGCCUUUGGGCUUGGCGUUGGAGGUAUCAACGGACUAUAUGGCCUGAAUGGACUUCCCGGAGCACGAGGUCAAGGCGUCACCAUCAUCAACGAAGAUGGUUCUAAUUCGGGUUCAAGUUCGAGUGCCAGUUCAGCUAGUGCAUCUUCUGCUUCUGGACAAAAUAGUGGUAUAUUAGGUCAAGGAUAUAAUGCAAACGCACUCGCCGCCGAGUUGGCCGCUGAAGAAGUAGGUCUUUUAGGCGGGUACUCACCAUACGGCAACCAAUCCCCCAGAGUAAUUGUUAAUGAUAACGGAUCAUCGUCUGCUGCCGCUGCAUCGUCUGCCGCAUCAAGUGGAAAUGGUGGUCUAGGUAGUGCCUUUGGGCUUGGCGUUGGAGGUAUCAACGGACUAUAUGGCCUGAAUGGACUUCCCGGAGCACGAGGUCAAGGAGUCACUAUCGUAAACGAACGAGGUUCAGGUUCUGGAUCAUCGUCUGCUGCCGCUGCAUCGUCAGCUGCAUCAAGCGGAAAUGGUGGGCUAGGUAGUAACUAUGGGCUUGGCGCAGGAGGACUCAACGGACUGAAUGGCUUGAAUGGAAUUCUCGGAUCACAAGGUCAAGGAGUCACUAUCGUUAACGAACAAGGUUCAGGAUCAUCGUCUGCUGCUGCUGCAGCUUCGUCUGCCUCGUCAGGCGGAAAUGGUGGCUUGAAUGGACUUCUCGGAUCACAAGGCCAAGGAGUCACUAUCGUAAACGAAGAAGAUUCAGGAUCAUCAUCUGCUGCCGCUGCAUCGUCCGCUGCAUCAAGCGGCAAUGGUGGGCUAGGCAGUGCCUAUGGGCUUGGCGUAGGAGGGCUCAACCUACUGAAUGGAAUUCUCGGAUCGCAAGGUCAAGGCGUCACCAUCAUCAACGAAGAUGGUUCUAAUUCGGGUUCAAGUUCUAGUGCCAGUUCAGCUAGUGCAUCUUCUGCUUCUGGACAAAAUAGUGGUAUAUUAGGUCAAGGAUAUAAUGCAAACGCACUCGCCGCCGAGUUGGCCGCUGAAGAAGUAGGUCUAUUAGGCGGGUACUCACCAUACGGCAACCAAUCCCCCAGAGUAAUUGUUAAUGAUAACGGAUCAGGAUCAUCGUCUGCUGCCGCUGCAGCUUCGUCCGCAGCGUCAAGUGGAAAUGGCGGUCAAGGUGGUGUUUCUGGCCUUGGUGUAGGAGGAAUUAACGGACUUUAUGGCCUGAAUGGACUUCUCGGAUCACAAGGUCAAGGAGCUGCAGCAUCAGCCGCCGCUGCCGCUGCCGCUGGUCUUGGUUCUGGAGGAUAUGGAUUAAAUGGCAAUGUAGGACAAGGUGUCAUCAACAAUAAUGAAGGAAGUUCAGGUUCAGGAUCAUCGUCUGCUGCAGCUUCUUCUUCGGCCGCAUCAAGCGGAAAUGGUGGGCUAGGUAGUGCCUUUGGGCUUGGCGUUGGAGGUAUCAACGGACUAUAUGGCCUGAAUGGACUUCCCGGAGCACGAGGUCAAGGUGUCACUAUCGUUAACGAACGAGGUUCAGGAUCAUCGUCUGCUGCUGCUGCAGCUUCGUCUGCCUCGUCAGGCGGAAAUGGUGGCUUGAAUGGACUUCUCGGAUCACAAGGCCAAGGAGUCACUAUCGUAAACGAAGAAGAUUCAGGAUCAUCAUCUGCUGCCGCUGCAUCGUCCGCUGCAUCAAGCGGCAAUGGUGGGCUAGGCAGUGCCUAUGGGCUUGGCGUAGGAGGGCUCAACCUACUGAAUGGAAUUCUCGGAUCGCAAGGUCAAGGUGUCACUAUCGUUAACGAACGAGGUUCAGGAUCAUCGUCUGCUGCUGCUGCAGCUUCGUCUGCCUCGUCAGGCGGAAAUGGUGGCUUGAAUGGACUUCUCGGAUCACAAGGCCAAGGAGUCACUAUCGUAAACGAAGAAGAUUCAGGAUCAUCAUCUGCUGCCGCUGCAUCGUCCGCUGCAUCAAGCGGCAAUGGUGGGCUAGGCAGUGCCUAUGGGCUUGGCGUAGGAGGGCUCAACCUACUGAAUGGAAUUCUCGGAUCGCAAGGUCAAGGCGUCACCAUCAUCAACGAAGAUGGUUCUAAUUCGGGUUCAAGUUCUAGUGCCAGUUCAGCUAGUGCAUCUACUGCUUCUGGACAAAAUAGUGGUAUAUUAGGUCAAGGAUAUAAUGCAAACGCACUCGCCGCCGAGUUGGCCGCUGAAGAAGUAGGUCUUUUAGGCGGGUACUCACCAUACGGCAACCAAUCCCCCAGAGUAAUUGUUAAUGAUAACGGAUCAGGAUCAUCGUCUGCUGCCGCUGCAGCUUCGUCCGCAGCGUCAAGUGGAAAUGGCGGUCAAGGUGGUGUUUCUGGCCUUGGUGUAGGAGGAAUUAACGGACUUUAUGGCCUGAAUGGACUUCUCGGAUCACAAGGUCAAGGAGCUGCAGCAUCAGCCGCCGCUGCCGCUGCCGCUGGUCGUGGUUCUGGAGGAUAUGGAUUAAAUGGCAAUGUAGGACAAGGUGUCAUCAACAAUAAUGAAGGAAGUUCAGGUUCAGGAUCAUCGUCUGCUGCAGCUUCUUCUUCGGCCGCAUCAAGCGGAAAUGGUGGGCUAGGUAGUGCCUUUGGGCUUGGCGUUGGAGGUAUCAACGGACUAUAUGGCCUGAAUGGACUUCCCGGAGCACGAGGUCAAGGCGUCACCAUCAUCAACGAAGAUGGUUCUAAUUCGGGUUCAAGUUCGAGUGCCAGUUCAGCUAGUGCAUCUUCUGCUUCUGGACAAAAUAGUGGUAUAUUAGGUCAAGGAUAUAAUGCAAACGCACUCGCCGCCGAGUUGGCCGCUGAAGAAGUAGGUCUUUUAGGCGGGUACUCACCAUACGGCAACCAAUCCCCCAGAGUAAUUGUUAAUGAUAACGGAUCAGGAUCAUCGUCUGCUGCCGCUGCAGCUUCGUCCGCAGCGUCAAGUGGAAAUGGCGGUCAAGGUGGUGUUUCUGGCCUUGGUGUAGGAGGAAUUAACGGACUUUAUGGCCUGAAUGGACUUCUCGGAUCACAAGGUCAAGGAGCUGCAGCAUCAGCCGCCGCUGCCGCUGCCGCUGGUCGUGGUUCUGGAGGAUAUGGAUUAAAUGGCAAUGUAGGACAAGGUGUCAUCAACAAUAAUGAAGGAAGUUCAGGUUCAGGAUCAUCGUCUGCUGCAGCUUCUUCUUCGGCCGCAUCAAGCGGAAAUGGUGGGCUAGGUAGUGCCUUUGGGCUUGGCGUUGGAGGAAUCAACGGACUAUAUGGCCUGAAUGGACUUCCCGGAGCACGAGGUCAAGGAGUCACUAUCGUAAACGAACGAGGUUCAGGAUCUGGAUCAUCGUCUGCUGCCGCUGCAUCGUCAGCUGCAUCAAGCGGAAAUGGUGGGCUCAAUGGACUUCUUGGUUUGAAUGGACUUCUCGGAUCGCAAGGUCAAGGAGUCACUAUCGUAAACGAAAGAGGUACAGGAUCUGGAUCAUCGUCUGCUGCCGCUGCAUCGUCUGCCGCAUCAAGUGGAAAUGGUGGUCUAGGUAGUGCCUUUGGGCUUGGCGCAGGAGGAAUCAACGGACUAUAUGGCCUGAAUGGACUUCUCGGAUCACAAGGUCAAGGAGCUGCAGCAUCAGCCGCCGCUGCCGCUGCCGCUGGUCGUGGUUCUGGAGGAUAUGGAUUAAAUGGCAAUGUAGGACAAGGUGUCAUCAACAAUAAUGAAGGGAGUUCAGGUUCAGGAUCAUCGUCUGCUGCAGCUUCUUCUUCGGCCGCAUCAAGCGGAAAUGGUGGGCUAGGUAGUGCCUUUGGGCUUGGCGUUGGAGGAAUCAACGGACUAUAUGGCCUGAAUGGACUUCCCGGAGCACGAGGUCAAGGAGUCACUAUCGUAAACGAACGAGGUUCAGGAUCUGGAUCAUCGUCUGCUGCCGCUGCAUCGUCAGCUGCAUCAAGCGGAAAUGGUGGGCUAGGCAGUGCCUAUGGGCUUGGCGUAGGAGGGCUCAACCUACUGAAUGGAAUUCUCGGAUCGCAAGGUCAAGGCGUCACCAUCAUCAACGAAGAUGGUUCUAAUUCGGGUUCAAGUUCUAGUGCCAGUUCAGCUAGUGCAUCUUCUGCUUCUGGACAAAAUAGUGGUAUAUUAGGUCAAGGAUAUAAUGCAAACGCACUCGCCGCCGAGUUGGCCGCUGAAGAAGUAGGUCUAUUAGGCGGGUACUCACCAUACGGCAACCAAUCCCCCAGAGUAAUUGUUAAUGAUAACGGAUCAGGAUCAUCGUCUGCUGCCGCUGCAGCUUCGUCCGCAGCGUCAAGUGGAAAUGGCGGUCAAGGUGGUGUUUCUGGCCUUGGUGUAGGAGGAAUUAACGGAAUUAACGGACUUUAUGGCCUGAAUGGACUUCUCGGAUCACAAGGUCAAGGAGCUGCAGCAUCAGCCGCCGCUGCCGCUGCCGCUGGUCGUGGUUCUGGAGGAUAUGGAUUAAAUGGCAAUGUAGGACAAGGUGUCAUCAACAAUAAUGAAGGAAGUUCAGGUUCAGGAUCAUCGUCUGCUGCAGCUUCUUCUUCGGCCGCAUCAAGCGGAAAUGGUGGGCUAGGUAGUGCCUUUGGGCUUGGCGUUGGAGGAAUCAACGGACUAUAUGGCCUGAAUGGACUUCCCGGAGCACGAGGUCAAGGAGUCACUAUCGUAAACGAACGAGGUUCAGGAUCUGGAUCAUCGUCUGCUGCCGCUGCAUCGUCAGCUGCAUCAAGCGGAAAUGGUGGGCUCAAAGGACUUCUUGGUUUGAAUGGACUUCUCGGAUCGCAAGGUCAAGGAGUCACUAUUGUAAAUGAAAGAGGUUCAGGAUCUGGAUCAUCGUCUGCUGCCGCUGCAUCGUCCGCUGCAUCAAGCGGAAAUGGUGGGCUAGGUAGUAACUAUGGGCUUGGCGCAGGAGGACUCAACGGACUGAAUGGCUUGAAUGGAAUUCUCGGAUCACAAGGUCAAGGUGUCACUAUCGUUAACGAACGAGGUUCAGGAUCAUCGUCUGCUGCUGCUGCAGCUUCGUCUGCCUCGUCAGGCAGAAAUGGUGGCUUGAAUGGACUUCUCGGAUCACAAGGUCAAGGAGGUUCAGGAUCUGGAUCAUCGUCUGCUGCCGCUUCAUCGUCCGCCUCAUCAAGCGGAAAUGGUGGGCUCAAUAGACUUUUUGGUUUGAAUGGACUUCUAGGAUCGCAAGGUCAAGGUGUCACCAUCAUCAACGAAGAUGAUUCUAAUUCAGGCUCAAGUUCUAGUGCCGGUUCAGCCAGUGCAUCUUCUGCUUCUGCGCAAAAUAGUGGUAUAUUAGGACAAGCAUAUAAUGCAAACGCACUCGUCGCCGAGUUGGCCGCUGAAGAACUAGGUCUUUUAGGUGGGUACUCACCAUACGGCAAACAAGUCCCCACAGUUAUUGUUAAUGACAACGGAUCAGGUUCAUCGUCUGCUUCUUCGGCGGCAAGUUCAUCAUCAGCAGCAUCAUCAAGCACCGCUGUAUCGCUCGGACAAGGCAUAGGUCGUGGUCGUCGCCCAUGUCGUUUGCUUCGCCGCCAAUUUACAAUCAGAAUAGGCAGAAAAGGCGAAAUUUGCCAAGAAUGCUAAACUUUUAUAUGUUUUCUUAUGUAAACAAUUACCCUAUCUUGAAAUAAUGUUUUGAUAUUAAUAAAUUGCAUUCUCAAA